GAAUUUCUACUGUCUUAUUUGCCAUACACCAGGAACAAACCCAAACUCCACACACCCUAGUAAUACCUACUAAGAACUGCCGGAAAUUCAUAAAAUCCUUAAACGCUUUGCCAGGGAAUCAAACUUGACAUUCGAUUAUUUCCACUGGACCACCGAGCCAGUCAUUAAUACUUAUAUAUAUUUUGCAUAUUUUCAAUAGAGCAGCGGUUCGGUUAUGUUAUUAGUUUCUAUCAUGACAGCGAAAGACCUUGGCAAUUUCGCAGAUAGGUACCUAAUAAUAAGAGGGUAACCGAUAACCCACGUGAAAGUUUUUUUAAGAAUCUUUUGAAGGCUAGUAUUCGUAGCUUGAAAAUGUAUUUUGAAACCAGCCAAUAACAGACCUAGACGAUAAAAUUUUGGGUUGUCUAUUCUAUAGCUUAUGUCAGUCAUUUUGACAUUGUGCUUGUGAAUUUGUGAACGGCGUUGUAUACAAGAAACGCUGGUAAAUAUUAUUUUCAAUGCAUAGAGUACCCUUACAUAAUAUCAUAUUUUGAACUCAAACUUACUAUCACUUCUUCUUUCUACUCACCCAAUUCAUGGGACCCCCCCCCCCUAUUACAAGGGACUUAUAACACAAAUGGUGAAAAGUGGGUGUACAUUGUAUAGCGACAUUACGUGCCGUAUUGUGCACCUCUGACUACCUCUUCGGGGAUAAAAGGCAUGACGUUGACGUUGACUUACUAUCACGUGAGCUGACUCAAUAGUAGAAAUGGAGCCAAGAUUGAGAGCUACUAUGGAACAAUUUUUGGUUCUAAUAGACUUUAUGGAAAGGUACGGGGAUCUUUCGAAACCUGCGCCGGGGCUUAUUGGACGAAAUAAUUGUGAGUUGCUGUGGAUGCAAUUAACAAAAAUAUUAAACUCUGUUCCUGGUGGUGUACAAAAACCAUCAGAUAAAUGGAAAAAAGUAUGGGCUGACUGGAAAACGAAAACUAAACAGAAAUAUAUAAAUAAAUGUGAGGGUACUGGCCGUUUUAUACAAAUAACUGCCUUAGAGGACAGAGUGGUGGCAGUCAUGGGAGUAUCUAAAAAAAUUCCUAAAAUUGACAUUCAAGAGCAAGACUGCAAGAUUGAGCGUCCUACUGAACAGCCCUCAUGCUCUAGUAAUACUGAUGAUAUUGCCCUGGAAAACCACAGCAAACAGAAUAUUGUGACACCUAAUAUUUACUUGAUAGAGUCACCACAAGUAAAGGAAGAAGCAAUACUCGCUACACCAGCAUCACCUCCGUCUCUGUCGCCACCACAAAUACCAUCCCAAACCCAUACUUUUACAGACCAAAAUGACACACAGUAUAUGUCAUACUCUCAACACUUGACAACUCCACGUCGAGCUUCACUUACGCGAAGGAAUAGAGGACGCCAUACUCUUUUUGAACGAGUCGCAGAACAAUUUGUAGCCAUUGAGCGAAGACGACUUAUGUAUGAAGAAGAAAGAGACAAGCGUCUUCAUGAGAGAGAGAUGGAAAGAAUAAAACUCGAAGCUGAGAGAUUAAGAUUAGAAACAGAGAGGCUAGAGGUUACUCGUCAACAAACCUCAUUGUUACAUCAGUUGAGCCAUCUCGGCCAACGUCUGAUUGAAGUAAUGACAGAGCAACAAACUGUUACUACUGUCAGCUGACUCUGACAGGUAGCCAAUCGGAUAACUUAUUUGGAAAUAAGUCAACUUAUUUUUAUUUGACAGGAACACUAUUAUUACUAAGUUUUAUCCCUUAAUUACUAGAUAUGUUACAUUAUUAUAAAAAAUAAAGUUUUAUGUUAUUGAAAGUUAGUUUGAGUGGUUCUGCUAUUCUUAGCUUUCUUAUGAGUACUAUGUUUAAGGUAUCAACAUGUUGUUCAGCAAUGUCAAUCAGUAAAACUUUAAAUUAUUAUUUCCCCUGUGUUACCAAUGCCACCCUCUAUUGUUAUACCUCAAUAUUCAUUCAACAAACAACUAAAUCAACAGUUGGUAAACAAACUGAUGUCCAUUGGCAGUGCUGAUCCCUUGCCAUCAGUUGAAACGCCUGCUUGUCUGACACAUAAAUAAAAACUUACUCUAUAUAUACACAUUCUCCAUCAAGUUUCAUAACAGUACAGCAAAUAGAUAUGAAUAAUAAUAUAUGUGUGCACUAUUUGCACACUAUAAUAGUCAAAAUAUAAUGAUAAUAU